AUGCCCGCUUACAUUGAUGAAAAUGGCUAUGAAUAUCCAAAUUGUGGCCAAACUUGCGGCAAUGUCAUUAUUAAACAUUCUAAGACACUUAUAAUUUCUAAAUUAGAUAAAUGUGUCCCAUCUAUAAAAGUCCUUCAUGAAAAGGAUUUAAAUUAUAAAGAAAUUCAAAAAGAAUUUCUUAAAUCGAUGAUUCACAUUAAAAUUAUAGCUAUCGUUCGUAUUGAAACAUCACAGGAAAAACGUCAAAUCGCAAAAUCUAUUGAACAAACUCCUAAAAGAGUCAAACGUAGAUUGUAUUAUGGAACUCGUGCAAGUUGUGAUCCAAGAAAGAUUUUGAAACAUAAGAAGGCUUGUUCAGAUCCGAAAUGUGGAAU